UUGAAUCUACACUCCUGGCAAAAACAAUAUACUUUAUCCACUGUGUUCGGAGAUUGGAGAAAAGAGAGAAGAGAAAGAAUAAGAAACGCCAAAAUGAGGGUGUAAACCUGAUCGAAGAAUCUACAAUGAGAUGACUUGGAUACCUUGAGAGAGAGAGAGAGAGAGAGAGAGAGAGAGAGAGAAAACAAGAUGAAAAAAAACAAUGUAAGUGAAUCCAGGAGAGACAAGAAAAAAAAGAGUUGGGAGAUAGCUAAAACUACGUAUCUUACAACAUUUAGAAGACUAAAGAGAAGGGAGAACUCCUGUGGACAUGGAUGGAUGGAAAAGAUGCUUUUUCUUUUGACUACCAUGUUUAGUUCUUUGAUCCAGUCUGUCAAGAUUUUCCCCAAAACUAACAGACUUAAGCAAUAUUUGAAUCAAUUUUAUGCGAUAUUUUAUCAUCCAUAGAAAGGUGUAUCAAUAACAACGUAUAGUGAUAAAGAUACAAUAUUUGGAGAUGGAAUGUAGUGUGUUUAAAGUUAUGGUGUAUGAGUAGUGACCGGCCCACUGAGUGUGUUGUGUUGAGGUGUAAUCGUGACCAUACAACUCGUAAACCACAUUUAGAUGACCGUGUUGCAGGGCACAACUCACACAGGAUUCAUGUUGCAACAUUUACAGCCACAGACCGCUAUUGACUUCCUAUUUUGUGCCCAGAGAGCGUGAUGGUGUGCUACAUGGCGUCUUGGGCUGUGUAUCGCCAGGGGCCCGGUAUGUUCGAUGUAGAAGACGUUGAUCCCAACAUCUGCACUCACCUUAUUUUUGCCUUUGCUGGUAUCACCACUACAGGAGAGAUAAACGUGCUCGACCCGCAUCAUGAACUCUGUGACAACGGCGGAGAGUGUGCCUACAAUAGGUUCACUGCCCUUAAGAAGCAAAACCCUGAGUUGAAAACACUUCUAGGCGUCGGGGGCUGGGAGGACGGCUCUGAGAAAUACUCUAAGAUGGCUGCGGAUCCUUCCAUGAGGAAGAUUUUCAUAGACACUUCCAUAGCACUCCUGAAGGAACACAACUUCGAUGGAAUAGACUUGGACUGGGAGUACCCAACCAUGCGUGGUGGGAUACCUGAAGACAAGGAGAAUUAUGUGAUCUUACUGAGUGAAAUACACGACGCGCUACACGCCGAGGGGAUGAUCCUGACAGCUGCCGUAUCAUCAGCCAAAGACAAAAUUGAUUUUGGUUAUGACGUGCCGGGGAUAGCCAUGUACGUAGACCUGUUGAACCUCAUGACCUACGACCUGCACGGUUCUUGGAAUGACUACGUUCACCACCAGUCAGGGCUCUACCCUACUAUAAGGACACCGGCGGUAACAAAGACCUCAACGUUUUCAAGAAUUGAUGAGGUCAAGGAUCGCGCCUCCCCGAGUUUAAGCCCACAACCUGUGAUGGAUCCUAAACCUCAGCAGUCCCUGAGCAAAUAUAUUCAUAAAAUAGUAUACUGGUGCCCAGAGAGCGUGAUGGUGUGCUACAUGGCGUCUUGGGCUGUGUAUCGCCAAGGGCCCGGUAUGUUCGAUGUAGAAGACGUUGAUCCCAACAUCUGCACUCACCUUAUUUUUGCCUUUGCUGGUAUCACUACUACAGGAGAGAUAAACGUGCUCGACCCGCAUCAUGAACUCUGUGACAACGGCGGAGAGUGUGCCUACAAUAGGUUCACUGCCCUUAAGAAGCAAAACCCUGAGUUGAAAACACUUCUAGGCGUCGGGGGCUGGGAGGACGGCUCUGAGAAAUACUCUAAGAUGGCUGCGGAUCCUUCCAUGAGGAAGAUUUUCAUAGACACUUCCAUAGCACUCCUGAAGGAACACAACUUCGAUGGAAUAGACUUGGACUGGGAGUACCCAACCAUGCGUGGUGGGAUACCUGAAGACAAGGAGAAUUAUGUGAUCUUACUGAGUGAAAUACACGACGCGCUACACGCCGAGGGGAUGAUCCUGACAGCUGCCGUAUCAUCAGCCAAAGACAAAAUUGAUUCUGGUUAUGACGUGCCGGGGAUAGCCAUGUACGUAGACCUGUUGAACCUCAUGACCUACGACCUGCACGGUUCUUGGAAUGACUACGUUCACCACCAGUCAGGGCUCUACCCCUACUAUAAGGACACCGGCGGUAACAAAGACCUCAACGUUGACUUUGCUGUCAACUACUGGAUACAGCAAGGAAUGCCGAGCACCAAGAUAGCGGUGGGUGUACCUUCGUACGGCCGCUGCUGGACGCUUGACGACCUUAGUCAGACAGACUAUUACUCCCCAGCGAGCGAGCCAGGAGAACCUGGGCCCUGGACCAACUCUGCAGGCAUAUGGGCGUACAGUGAGGUACAUUUGAUGAAGACUUGAUUUUCAAUUAGUAGAUGUAGGUUAGUUAAAGCUUAAUUUAAAAAAAUAUAUAUCUACAUUUGUCAUGGCAAGUAGUAGACUACAUUGGUUCCAAUUGGUUUUGUUUUCCUUGUCACUAAAUUAUCACCAAAAUAUUCUCUUAAUGCUCAGACAAAAUAAACGCACCUCAAUAUAUAUACAGGUUUGUAAGCAUAGUCAAGAGCUCAAGGAGUUCUGAAGAGGUUGGUCACUCUGUUAAUUUAGGUGCAGUGGGAUAUUUUUAUUAUAAUAAAACACGUCAGAGAAAAUUCCCAUCUCUUAAAAAUAUCAACAGCAAAGCAAAAACGGAUAAUACACAAAGGCGGGCUCUCGGUUUUGUACAUAUAAUCUACAAGUCUCUAAAUGUGCACGUGCAGUCAGCCAAAGAUGCAUCGACCCCCACCCUGGCUCUCGCAAUUUUAUCUGGCAAUACUUAGUAAAAUAAGUCUGUAUGUAAUGGGUAUUGUGAUCAGUGGAUCUAUUUUCCGCUGUAUCAACGUCAGGAUAAAUAAAA